AGAUGUUUGCAAGAAACGAAAGAUUUCUCUCCGAAGGCAUGCGCAUAUUAAAGCAACGCAAAUUUAAACGGCGCGUACAAAAACAGCGUUUUGCUUCUGACAAAACCUGCGCGGAGCGCAUAAGGUUAUUUUUAUUUUUUUUUAAACUGUGUGGACUGUUUGUCAAUGAGCUCACGGCAGGUCGGCUGAAGCGUUGCUCUUGGCCCAUUUACAGUAUCGGUGCCUUAUGGAUAAGUUCCUUCAUCUCAUUUUCAUUAUAUACGACGUAUGUUUAUAUGAUAAUGAAAUCAGGUUCAAUAAGACUAACGGGAUUUUACUUUAAACAGUUUGUAGGAUAUACAUAUCUCUGUAUUAAUGUCAUUACUGCAUAUUUUUAUCAAAAUCACUUCAUCAAGGUGAGGAAGAUAUUAAGUUCUUAUUGCGAAUGAUAAGCAGUGUUUCUCCUUUUCUCUUUCUAAUAUUUAUCUUUAUAACAGUUUUUCGAUCGGCUAGACAGUUACGACUACGAAGCCGUACGAAUGAAAAAUAAAAGAAAAGACAGUUUAUGGGUACCUUGGAGCAUGACGUUUUUCAUGAUCGUUAUCAUUCUGUUAAUUAUACAUACGAUAGCAAAAUUGACCAUAAGCGAACUGUCAGUAAUUUUCACAUUGAUUACGGACGUUCAUAUAUUUAUAAUGCUUGUGUGCAGUUUCUUGCAAAUGUUUCUCUUGUUAUAUCUUAUUCUUGAACGCUUCAAACAUUUGAACAAGAAAAUAGCGCCGAAUGUGUCAUGGACCGAAGAGCGACGUGGACCAAACACAAUAAAAAUAAUGAACGUGAAAAUUAUGCAUUCGUUACUUUACGAUGCUCAUAGAAUCUUUAAUGAUAUUUAUAGUAUCCCUCUAUUUUUAAUGUUUGCAUCUCUCAUGAUGCGCAUCAUUGCAAAUAUAUUUAUUUUUCGAUUGGCAAACGCAUUGACAGCCUUCUCUUUUAUCGGUCCUUCGAUAAUGCUAAUGUUAUUUAUGUGCACAAUUUGUCAUUGGACAGCGGAAGAGGCAAAUAACAUCGCGAUUAUUUUAAGCAAUAGAAUGACCGCUCUUGUUAAUUCGGGAAAAACAACGGUUAAAAUUGACGUUUUAAUGUAUUUCUUACAUAAUCGUGUGUCCUUCGACGCGGCAGGAUAUUUUGCAAUCAAUUUACCUCUAUUUCAAUCUGUAAGUAAUUCUCCAUUUUGUAAAUGCUUACUAGAAGACUGUAAUCUGCAGAGCUGAUAAUUUUAAAAGAGAUGCUUCCUGCAUUUUUAAUAUUUAAUUUUUCGUAUUGUAUUAUUUUCAGAUAAUUGCUACACUGACUACUUAUAUCAUAAUAUUGACAUAAUGAUGUUUGCAAAAACACCGUAUAUGUUUUUAUAAAGCAAAUAUAAUUGUUUUAAUAAAAGCGAUUAUCUCACGUGUAGACACGUAUGGCAAUUGUGCAAACGUGUGUAAUAUGUUUAAUUAUUAUUAUGUUUAAUUAUUAAUCCACAAUAUAAUAACCGAAUCGAUAUAAUAUCUCUGUGACAUACAAAUUUAAUGCAUAUUCGUGUAACAAAUCACGAUAUUUUAUCGACUUUUAUACGUCGCGUGAUUCGAUGUGGAACGGUGACUGUAACACGCGAAAUGUAUCUUUAGGUAGACCGUUGUCAUUUUUUUUAUUAGUUGACAUGUCGCAAAUGGAUCUGCAACGUUAUACACGUGUGAUUCGAUCGUCACUGACACGAUUGUGUCAGUGUUUUAUCACGAUUCUAAUCUCCCUCUUCUAUCAAGCUAGCUAGCACAUCGGUGAAUAAUACGUGUGCAUAAUGGCGGAACGCGAUUCGACACAGGAGAGUGUAAAAAGGACUAAAAAAAUCAAAGUCGAUUAUAUAGAAUUCAGUCGCAUGGCGUGACAGAGGUUGUCGUUCAGACGUUGUUCGAAUUAACCUUUGCUUAAGAAUUUAUUUUUGUCAAAAGCAAAAAUUUCUUUUUUUCUCGCGAUAAAAUUA